GCAGGGCGGAGUCCAGAUUCGCGUCCCGCCAGCCUGGGCGGGUUGGGGUGCGUAUGCGCAGUUUUCACUUCGGCUCUAGGACCGCGCGGGCAACUGCGGUGCCGCGGUGCCGAGUCAGGCCGGAGAGUUGCGGCCUGAGUCACCGGCCCCGCCCUUCGGAGCCGGACGCAGCGGGAGGCCCGGGAGCGGCAGCGGAACGGACCCCACGGGACCUCCGGACCUGUGCGGUGCAGUGAGUCGCAGCCAUGUUCCUGGUUAACUCAUUCUUGAAGGGCGGCGGCGGCGGCGGCGGCGGGGGAGGCGGGGGCCUGGGUGGGGGCCUGGGGAAUGUGCUUGGAGGCCUGAUCAGCGGGGCCGGGGGCGGCGGCGGCGGCGGUGGAGGCGGUGGAGGCGGCGGUGGCGGUGGAACGGCCAUGCGUAUCCUAGGCGGAGUUAUCAGCGCCAUCAGCGAGGCGGCUGCGCAGUAUAACCCGGAGCCCCCGCCCCCACGCACACAUUACUCCAACAUUGAGGCCAACGAGAGUGAGGAGGUCCGGCAGUUCCGGAGACUCUUUGCCCAGCUGGCUGGAGAUGACAUGGAGGUCAGUGCCACAGAACUCAUGAACAUUCUCAACAAGGUCGUGACACGACACCCUGAUCUGAAGACUGAUGGUUUUGGCAUUGACACAUGUCGCAGCAUGGUGGCCGUGAUGGAUAGCGACACCACAGGCAAGCUGGGAUUCGAGGAGUUCAAGUACCUGUGGAACAACAUCAAAAGGUGGCAGGCCAUAUACAAACAGUUUGACACUGACCGGUCAGGGACUAUCUGCAGCAGUGAACUCCCAGGGGCCUUUGAGGCGGCAGGGUUCCACCUGAACGAGCAUCUCUACAACAUGAUCAUCAGACGCUACUCAGAUGAAAGUGGGAACAUGGAUUUUGACAACUUCAUCAGCUGCUUGGUCAGGCUGGAUGCCAUGUUCCGCGCCUUCAAAUCUCUUGACAAAGAUGGCACUGGACAAAUCCAGGUGAACAUCCAGGAGUGGCUGCAGCUGACUAUGUAUUCCUGAAUGGGACCCCCAGACCCACCCCUUCACCACCUCGCUGUAGGAGUCACCUGGAGCCUUGGUCUUUCCCAGGGCCAAUCCGGUCUACAGUCACAUCUUCUUGGGGCCUGUUGACCCACAAGCUUUUGUUCUCUCAAUACUUGUUACCCAACUUCUCAACAUCCAGGGCCCAACAUGCCCUGCCUGAGUUCCCCCUGGCUCUAGGAUACUCUAACAAGCUCUGCCCAAGGGUCUCCCCACUCCCACCACGCCCCAUGCACACCUGCUCUGUAGCCUCUCCUGUGUUCCUGUGCCAAGCCUAGCACUUGUGAUGCUUCCAUGCCCCAAGGGCCCUCUCCCAGUUCUGGGAGGACGACUCGAGUCCCUGCACGCCCUGGCACACCCUUCACAGUUGCCACCCAGGCAGCCAAGCUCCAGGCCAUGCCAGGCCCACGUGCCCCAGUGCCUUUGUCUAUAUUCUGCUCCCAGCCUGCCAGGCCCAGGAGGAAAUAAAUGCACCCCAGUUGCUGCUCUCU